AUGAGCGAUUCCUACGCUGCUUCUGAUGUCUCUGCUCCGGAGCGGUCGUCGUCGCCAGUGUAUAGCACUAACACGAACUCGGAGGAGGCACCAACGGUGGAUUUUGGAUUCCUCCCCAUACCUGCUAGCUUGCGCUACGAUCCUACACGUCCUGUGCGCUUUCGGUUGCUCUUGAACAUAGCUUUCGGCGUGUCUAGCACCUUUGUCAUCGCAAAUCUCUACUAUAGUCAGCCCUUGCUGAUCCAGCUUGCCGAUUCAUUUCAUGUCUCUUACGAAGAGGUCUCUAACGUUCCAACGCUCGUGCAAGUCGGGUACGCCGUAGGCAUUCUUCUUAUAUCGCCCCUCGGAGACCUGGUCCGUCGACGCCCGCUCGUGCUCACCAUAAUAUUCAUCGCGGCCUCCCUCAGCAUCGGGCUCGCCUUCACAAACAGCCUGCCCGUGUUCGAGGCCCUGAGCUUCCUCGUCGGCGUCUUCACGAUCGUGCCGCAAGUCCUCGUCGCGCUCGCCGCGGAUCUCAACCCACCCCACCGCCGGGCCGCCGCGAUGUCGAUCGUCAUGUCGGGGCUGCUCUUCGGCGUCCUGACGGCGCGGGUCGUUGCGGGCAUCGUUGCGGAGUACGUCAGCUGGCGGGUUGUGUACUACAUCGCGUUCGCGUCCCAGUACGCCAUCGCGUUGUUGCUGUACCUCACCGUGCCCGAUUACCCCUCCAAAAACAAAGGAGCCACGUAUUGGGGCAUAUUAUGGACCAUGGCGAAGCUGGCCGUGACAGAGCCAGUCAUUGUGCAGGCCGCGUUGGUCUUGAUACCGAAUGCGGCGGUAUAUGCCAACUUUUGGGUCACUCUGACAUUCCUGCUCGGUGGUGCUCCAUAUAACUAUUCAACGCUGGUCAUUGGUCUCUUCGGUUUUGUUGGAAUGGUCGGGGUAAUGAUGGCCAUUCCAAUAGGAAGACUCAUCGACCGCCUGGUCCCUUGGUAUGCCGCCAUAGUGUCUAUCCUUCUCUAUGUGGUCAUCACCGCCAUUGGAGUCGCCGCCGACGGUAUCAACAUCGCUGCUGUGGUCAUUGUGUGCAUCGGCGUCGACGUCCUCAGGCAAACCAUCCAGAUGACGAUGACGACGUGGGUCUUCGGACUCCUCGAUGCGAAGGCUAGGUCAAGAAUAUAUGCUAUCAUCCUCGUGUCGCUCUUCAUCGGUCAGAUCAUGGGCACUUCUGUCGGCGCGUUGCUGUUCACGAAGUACGGGUGGCGUCCGUCAGCUGCAAUUUCGCUCGCAUGGAGCGGCUUCAUGCUGUUUGUCAUAUUCUUGCGCGGCCCGCACGUACCUAGGCGUCGAUGGCUGGGUUACGCCGGCGGGCUGUCGUUACGGCAGAGCAGUGUUCAUGAAACAGAUGCGGUCGAGCAGCCCGAUACAGCAGCAGGCACCCAGGUUGCUCAGAUCGCUGAGACAUCUAUACGGAGAUCGAGCGACGUCGCGGAGAUCAAGGAAAAGCAGGGAGAGGUCGUCUACGAGAAGGAACCGAAUGGACACCCUUCUGACGUUUGA